CUUUCCUCUUUAUAUUUAUGUGAAUAGCAUUUACAUGUAAGAUGUAAUUAAUAUAAGAAAACACAGUGAAAUAAGAUUUUACUUAAUAGAGGAAGAGAUAGUGCCAAUGUAAAAAUUUAGAAUUUCUUCUUAAUAUUAUACUAAUACAAGAAAAUAUAAUAUUAAAACAUUCGAUGGAAUUUUAUGUGUCUUUCAAGCAUUCUAUAUUUCAAGGAGAAUUCCAUUCCUUAAAAAUUCAAAUACAAGAGAGAAAUAUGAACUAUAAAUAUGCAUUGAAAUAACUGCAAUAUUCAAGAGCAAUGAUAAGCAGCUGUCUUUGACUGCAUGGCAACCGAAUGAUAAGAUUUGUUACUUUUAUAGCAUUUUGUAAAUUCACGUUUUCCUUCCCCGAUUGCAGUUGACAAAUUCUUGCCUUUUAUAAUCACUUUUUGUGAAUGAGAAUGUAUAGAUGCAUAAGUAAAUAUCGAUAAAGCCAGAGUAACUUUUAAGAUAAUUCUUAAAUCAUGGAAGAUUGCAGCAGAAGAGAAGAAAAUAAUGAACUGACAAGAGACGUAAGGGAGGAUGGUACCGCAGGGGAAGAAGAGAGAGAUUUAGAUAAUCAGUACCAGUUAGUGCGAAAGUCUCCCUUCAAUAGUAAACGUAAUGAAAAUGAACAAUAUAAUAGAAAACCGUCCCGUUCACGAUCGAGAUCACGAAGCCGGCAAUCGCAAGGGCAGCAACGAAGGAGUGCCAACGCAUUCAUAAACUUUAUGCAAGAUUUUAAGCAAAACCACAGCAAAGUGAAGAGCAAAGACUUAUUUCGGCUCGGAGGUCAACGAUGGCGGGAAAUGUCGUCCGAGGAGAAAAUGCCCUAUGUUAGGGCAGCUAAAUUAGUGAAACAACAAUCGCAACAGAGUAAUAAGAGCGAGCAGACGAACAAGACCAAUGGCAACGAAUCUACGAAGAAGUUUGAAAAUCAAAAGGAUCAGAAAAAGAGGGAACGAAAGGAAAGAAGGCGUUCUAGGAGCAGAACGGACGAGUCUGACAUGGAAUCGGAUUCUGCAACGUCGGGAACAGCCGCGAGUGCGACUAGCGAGGAUAUUUCGGACUUGAGUUCUUAGAGAUGCAAUUAAUUAAAGCACAAUACAGAUACAGACAAUGCAGAUAUCGAUAAAUGUGUACUUCAGCAAUUUUAUCGUAUCGAUUACAUGUCUUAAAAUUAGUAUUAGUAAAUCUGUAGUUAUACUGUUUUGAAACUUGAAUAAAAUCUAUGCUCAAUCGA